AUGGAUCAAGUAUUCACCUAUGAAUCAUUUGUUCAUGCUACAGCAGGUAGUAUUGGUGGACAAGCUGCCAUGUCUGCCUUCUAUCCUUUCGAAACGAUCAGAACUCAAAUCCAAGCCAACGAGCAUCUCAAAUCAAAGACAACUCUUGAAGUUGUGAAAAUUCUUGUUGAAGAAGAUGGAGUUGGAAGUUUGUACAAGGGAAUUCGUCCUGUGCUCAUCAGUUUAUUGGCUAGUAACUUUAUUUACUUUUACACAAACAACAUGUUUAAAGUCAUUUACAAGAAGCGAACAGGAAAGGGCAUUGGAGUAUUGCCAAAUUUAUUGAUUGCAUUUGCUGCUGGUGUUGUGAACGUUGUGACAACUUGUCCAUUUAUUAUUCUUGUGACCAAUCCAAUGAUCAAUUAUACUGUUUUUGAUCAAACCAAAAAGUAUUUCCUCAGAUGGAUGAAACAAAAGAAUUUGACACCAACUCAAUCCUUCUUACUUGGAUUGCUUGCCAAAUUUGUUGCCACUAUUUUAACUUAUCCUCUUCAAGUAGCUCAAACCAAAUUGAGAACUUCUAAGAAGACCAUGACUGAAGAAGAAACAAAGAAAACAGGUAUUAAAAAGUAUGAAAAUACAUUGGACUGUCUGAUCAAAAUGUUCCAAGAAGAAGGAAUUUAUGGAUGGUAUAGAGGUGUGGGAAAUAAGCUUGUUCAAACACUUUUAAUGUCUGCAUUCCAUCUCACUAUCUACGACAAGAUUGUCACAGAAGUUGAGAAGGUCAUGGGUGGUAAGGUUAAGAGCCAUCAUUAA